GCGUCGUGCUCUGGCCGAGGGUCUCGCCCGGGGGCCAGUGGUCUGGUCACGGGUUGGUAUGGGGAGGUGCCUCCGACUGUGUGGGCCCUCCUGGCUCCGGAGCUCUCGGAGCUCGGAGAGAGGGCAGUGGGCUGCGAGGAAGCCCGCUCCACCCAGCUUGGCCACACGGCACGGCGCCGCCAGGCCGUGGCCACUAGGGGGCGGGGGCCGCGCUCCCAGAGAGCCGCCUAGGUCUGACCGCCGCUCUGUGAGGACCCGGCCUUUCCGAGCCGGCGGGCGGAGCGGGGCGCCGGGACGUCUCCUGGACUGCUAGCCCUCGAGGCCCCUCCCACUGGGCGGGAUCCUGCGUGGCUCCGCUCUGUAGGACUGGAGUCCCCCUGCUCAUUGAGCCAGCCUCUCGAUGAGACCAGGAGCAGAGAGGACACGCCCAGAUACUCUGAGGGAUCUUGAUGCAGGCUGUCCUAGGCGCGGCAACCUCACGGAGCCCCUGACGCUUGAGGGGCCUCCGCAGUGGGGGUCGAGGUAGACCUCAUGCCCAGACGGGCUCUCAAGCUCGCCCCAGGGCGCCUGCUCCGACCUGGUGCCUGCUAGGCUCUUUGCUUGUCUCAGCACCCUCUACCCAAACGUAGUGGGGAGGGCCCUUGGCGCCUGCGCACGCAGUGGAGACCUGGACACGGAGUGGAAGGAGGCUGGCCGUGUCCGCCCAGCUCAGAGGGAAGCAGUGGACUGUUGGGGAAAGUGUCCCAGAGUGGCAGGAUGGGCUCACAAUCCUGCAUCCACUUUGUGAACGCUGCUUUGCUGUCUCCUCCCUGCAGCCCGAGGCUGGACGCUGGACCCUCGCUUCUGUUUUCCAGACCCGCUCUAAACACUUCGCCUGUGGGCAUAGUGUGGGGUGCAGGAGGGGCAGCCACACACAGGUUCCCUGAGACCUUUUCUGGUCCACUUGAGGUCUGUGCCAAGACUUCUCCACAGCUCCUCCCGAGAACUUUGGAUUGUGGUUUCACUGGCCAGGGACAUUCACUGCAGGGUGACCUACUCGGGAGUCUGCGUGUCUGUACUUGCAUCCUCAUGGAGCCACUACAUGUGGGGCCCUUAGUGCCAGUGAGAAACUGCUUCUUUCUCAGCCCCGUAAUGCACCUGCUGCUGCCCUUGAGGGCACAGACCAGCCCCGGCUCCAGAGUGGGUGAUGGAGGGGUCGGAGCCACAUCCGACCAUGCCAGGAUACAGUCACAGACAAGCCUGGGAAGCCUCCGGUACCACCUGCCUCUGGCAGUCCUGAAAUGGCAUAGGUGUUUAGCCCCCCAGUCUCCAGGUGUGGCCAGCUGACCAACAGCAUUAUGCCCUGGGAGGAGAGCUGCCAAAUGGGAGCUCUUUUGCUCACUCCAGCUGGGUGUAACGACUUGAGGGUGGGCGGGAACUGGUGAGUCCAGGAAGCUGGCUACCAGACCUGUGAUUCUCUUUGUACCCUAGCUGUGCACCUGGGUCAGGGUCAGAUCUUCUAGGCCCCCAUUGGGUGGGCUUUCCCAUGGACUUGUAACCUUUCUCCCCAGCCAGGGGUCUUGACCAUCUGGGGCACUCAAGAAACAUGGCAGGUUGACCUACCUGAUUCCCCCUUCUGCUGCACAGACAGCUAGGGCCGGUGGACUGAGUACCAGGAGCCCAUGCCUGCACCCCUGCCUAGGGCAGCUUCAAUCUCCCUGAGCAUGGGCCAGGCCCCACUCAUCUUUCCCGGGCCUGGGGGGCAGCCAGCCACCCACCUGUGGUGCCCCUGCUCCAGGUAACUUCCAACUCCAGGAUUACCUGGGUGGUGAGGAGGGUGUCUGCUUCAAGGCAGAUCCCAGGAGUACCUCCUUUUGCUAGAUGUAUGAAGCCCAUGUGGAACCUUCCUUUUCCCUGAGCCCUGGCCAGCGCUUGUCUCAACGCCAGAAGCCAGCUGGCCACAAGACUACCAUGGCAAGAGGGAGCUGGCACACAUAAUCCACCUGCCCCAGGAGGUGGCUUGGGGCCAGCCAGAGCCUCUCUGCAUAGAUCUGAGUCUGUAAAGGGAUUUCAGCUGUUCCACCCUUGUUGAGGGUGGGGCCAAAGCCUCCCUUCCACCUGUUGCUGUGGGCAGGGAGGUGGCAGUGUCCAACAGACUGCUGAGCAUUGGAGGGCUGCAGGGACCUGAUAGAGCCUCUGUGAGGUGGGGGUGGGGCAGUAGUUAUUCUUGGGUGCUGCUGGAGGGUAGAAUUUCAGAUUUGUUUAUGCCUUUAGGAGGCACCUUGGAGCCAAAGGUGGGGCAUCCAGCUCAGUGCUAAUAUUCAAGUCACCUGGUCACCAGGAGGGGGCCUCAGAUUUCCUUGUCCUAUCAUCUGUGGGGAUGUGGGUGGGGAAUGAGCUUCCUUCAGGGAAUUGUGGGAGGGGUACUGGAGCACAGUGGUCCUGAGCAAGCCCCAGGCAGGCAAACCUGCAAGCCUGUGCAGAGGCAGGCAGUCCACAUGCGGGGCUGGCCUGGAGAUUGUGCAGGCCACACUAGGCAAAAUCGGUGCUAUUAAUAUCUGGCGCAUGAGCCCCAGCUGGGUGAUCCUCUUAUGCCUGUGGCCUCUGAGGCCAGCAGUGUGUGCCAUUAAUACAGUGGACUCUUGGGACCUCCCACCUUCUGUGCCUCUAGCCCCUAUACCAAGCAGACAGCCUCUGUCUGCCAGGGCGCCGGACCCACCCAGCUCUUUACCUGCUGUGCUGCCCAUAAGAGUGGUUACACCAUGGAGGGCUAAUUCAGGAGCAGCCACCUCCAGGAUCUCUGUGCCUACUGCAUCCUUAGCCAUGAGCAACCCCCCUGCUUACCCUGGCAUGAGGAUCUCAGGGUGCUGGGCCCUUGGAGCAGAAGGCAGUAGUAAUGCAGGGUGCCUGGACAGACUCCUCCCACCCGUGGGUACCGGGCGCUCACCCCGGAAGCGUACCACCAGCCAGUGCAAGUCCGAGCCACCCCUGCUGCGCACAAGCAAGCGUACCAUCUACACAGCAGGGCGACCUCCCUGGUACAACGAGCAUGGCACUCAGUCCAAGGAGGCCUUUGCCAUCGGUGAGAGGAGUGUAGGGCUGGGAGGUGGCAGUGCCUCUGGGAAGACCACUGUGGCCAGGAUGAUCAUCGAGGCACUGGAUGUACCCUGGGUGGUACUGCUGUCCAUGGACUCCUUCUACAAGGUGCUGACACAGCAGCAGCAGGAGCAGGCUGCCUGCAACAACUUCAACUUUGACCAUCCAGAUGCCUUUGACUUCGAUCUCAUCAUUUCCACUCUCAAGAAGCUGAAGCAGGGCAGGAGCGUCCAAGUGCCCAUCUACGACUUCACCACCCACAGCAGAAAGAAAGAAUGGAAAACGCUUUAUGGUGCAAAUGUCAUCAUCUUCGAGGGUAUCAUGGCCUUUGCUGACAAGACACUGUUGGAGCUCCUGGACAUGAAGAUCUUUGUGGAUACUGACUCUGAUAUCCGACUGGUGCGGCGGUUGCGUCGGGACAUCAGUGAACGCGGCCGGGACAUCGAGGGUGUCAUUAAGCAGUACAACAAGUUUGUCAAGCCUGCCUUCGACCAGUACAUCCAGCCGACCAUGCGCCUGGCAGAUAUUGUGGUGCCCAGAGGAAGUGGGAACACGGUGGCCAUUGACCUGAUUGUGCAGCAUGUGCACAGCCAGCUGGAAGAGCGUGAACUCAGCGUCAGAGGAAGCUGCGUUGGGAUCUGUGAGCAGAGCGUGCUCUUUGUGCUGCGCUGUGUGCCUCCUGCCCGCCACGGCCGUGCCUGCUCCCCCGUGCCCCCACGUCCUCGUCCCCGCACCCCUGCCUCUGCAUUCCCACACGGCCCCUGUUGUCUUUGCCUCCCCCUCCUGCCUGCCCUCCUCCCCACACCCCUGCCCACCCCGUCCUCGCCCCUCACCCCUUCUGCCUCCCCUGCCCCUCCCCCUUUCCUCUCAGGCUGGGUGGAUGGGGGGACCUGCCCCUGCCGAGUCCUCUUUGCCAGCUCUGCUGAGGGUCCUGCACCGCCUGCAGGGCUGCACUGGCCUCAGCACACCAGUGCCACCCACUUCCCCAGACACUGAGUGUCCUCAAGAGCACACCUCAAGUGCGUGGCAUGCACACCAUCAUCAGGGACAAGGAGACCAGCCGGGAUGAGUUCAUCUUCUACUCUAAGAGGCUGAUGCGACUGCUGAUUGAGCACGCGCUCUCCUUC